AUGGCCUCAACUCCCGCUGGAUCCAAUAGACAACACGAAGUCUGUCCACCAUCUCCCGAAGGCCCACCAGAUGUUCUUGGAGGAAAGGCGAUUGUGGCUGUCAAACCAAGCGGGCCUCGUUACAUGUACUACCGUCUGUAUACGAAGGACGGGCCAAUCAGGUCGAAUAACCCAAUCUGCGUGAACAACCCGUUCAUCAGCCGCACUCUUCCAAAGUUCGUCACGCCUCCUCGUAUAGCCUUAUCCGUAAAGAACCAUCUCUGCAAGAUUGAGGGCUUAUCAGCUCCUACAAGUUCCACGUUAUUUGAGUCACUUUCAAGCGAAACCGCAGUUGUGGAAUCCUCUCGAUUGGCUUUUGGAGGGUCUUCUGGUCCUGGGUCGUCUGAGAAUGACCCUAUAGUUCUCGUGGUUGGAUUAGAAGACGCUGAAAAGCGACUAGCAAGCACAGCACAGUCGGAGAGACUGCUUGAGGCUGUACUGCCUGAGCCCCGUUAUAUCUAUUAUCGACUCUACGACGAAGAUGGUGCAUUGGCAUCGAAGACGUCCUUUGAUUCGGAAGACUCAUCCUUGGGCCGCAUCGACACGCACUCCAUCGCACCACCACAAACAGUCUCUUCAUUGAGCUUCCAAGUCACGAAGGCCGAGGGCUUUGUGACUCGAGCUGUUAAGGUGUACCAAGACAUGGACGGAGAGGUGCUGAUGACUGAUAAUGAUCACCUACCCCUUCAAGCCCAGGCUUACCCAGGACAUCUUGAGGAUGAACCCAUAACGAUUGUCUGUGGUCAAGAGAAUUCAAUGGCCCCAUUAAGCGCAGUGGACUUAAGCCUCUUAACGCAGAUUAGAGGGGGGGUGGCAUGGAAUCCCAGUGAAACCCAUCAGGCAGACUGGCUUCCUUUCAAGGAGGGGGAGGUCAUGUACACGGAUGGCAUCAAAACAUCAGGUUUUAUUCUCGGACUCCCAAAUCCCUAUAGCGGUUACGUUGCGAUGAACUCCGCCGGACGGAAGGGCUUUGUCCACGAUGGCCAUCUGAGACGUCCUUAA